AAUUAUUUGAUUCAUCAAAAAGUUGCAAUAUUCACAAUAUUCAUUUUCAUCUCACAAAAGUUCAGCAUCAAAACUAGACUUCAUCUCCUUCUCUGGGUUGGUGCAUCUUCUCAAUUCUCAAGAAUUCAGACAAGGGACACACAGGAAAAUCAAUGUGCUCUGUCUCCAAGAACCAUAAAAUUGAAUUGAGAAUUAAUGUUUGUUAUGCCAUUUUACCUUUUGAAUAGACAAAUGUUAGUGAUUAGGUUAGAUUCCAAGGUUUGAAUCCCGGAACUCCUAUUUGAACCUCCUUCAGUGUUGCAUUUAACAAAUUUUGACUAGCCAAGGAAGUACUAUGGAGAAUAGAUCAAAAUCAAAAGUCUUGAUGAAAAGAUAUGAAUUAGGAAGAUUACUAGGCAAAGGAACAUUUGGAAAAGUUUACUAUGGAAGAAGUAUAACAACUAACCAAAGUGUAGCUAUUAAAAUGAUUGACAAGGAUAAGGUUGUAAAAAAUUACCAAGCGGAUAGCAUAAAAAGGGAAAUAUCGGUCAUGAGACUCGUAAAACAUCCUAAUAUCAUACAGCUUUUUGAGGUCAUGGCUACAAAGAGUAAGAUUUACAUUGUUAUUGAAUAUGCUAAAGGCGGCGAGCUUUUCAAGAAACUAGCAAAAGGAAAGUUCAAAGAAGGUGUUGCACACAAAUAUUUCAAGCAGUUAAUUAGUGCAGUUGAUUAUUGUCAUAGUAGAGGUGUAUACCAUAGAGACAUAAAGCCAGAAAACAUUCUAUUAGAUGAGAAUAAGAAUCUGAAAGUAUCAGAUUUUGGUUUAAGUGCUUCUGCUGAAUCAAAAAGGCACGACGGUUUAUUGCAUACAACUUGUGGAACACCUGCUUAUCUUGCUCCUGAAGUCAUCAAACGGAAGGGUUAUGAUGGUUCCAAAGCUGAUAUUUGGUCUUGUGGAGUUGUUCUUUUUGUUUUGCUUGCUGGUUAUGUACCUUUUAAUGACAUCAAUUUGAUGGACAUGUAUAGAAAGAUAAGUAAUGCAGAUUUUAAGUGUCCUAAUUGGUUUCCGAGAAAUGUUAGGAAACUGUUGUGUAAGAUGUUGGAUCCAAAUCCUGACACUAGGAUAUGUAUAGAUAACAUUAAGCAAUGUUCUUGGUUUAAGCAUGGACCAAAUGGUAGACAGAAAAAACAAGUGGAAAACAAUACUAUCUCUUCCUUGGCUACAAACUCUGUAGCAUCGACACAUCUGGUUGAAGGUGUGUCGGUGUCGGUGUCCGACACCGACACGACACCUACACAUGUGACAAAUCAUUCUGAUGGAAGGGACGAAACUGAAAAGCAAGAGUCGGUUGUACCUGUGAGCAUAAAUGCCUUUGAUAUUAUCUCUCUUUCAACUGGUUUUAAUCUAUGUGGAUUCUUUGAAGACAGUUUUAAGAAAAAGGAAGCUAGGUUUACUUCGAGACAACCCGCAUCGGUCAUUAUUUCGAGGAUGGAAGAGAUUGCUAAGAGACUGAAGAUGAAAAUAAAGAAAAGGGCUGCUGGUUUAUUGAAAUUAGAGGGAGUUGAUGAAGGUAGGAAAGGGAUCUUGUGUAUUGAUGCUGAGAUUUUUGAGGUUACUCCAUUUUUUCAUUUGGUUGAAGUGAAAAAAUCAAAUGGAGAUAGAUUGGAAUAUCAGAAAAUAUUGAAUGAUGAUAUUAGGCCUGCUCUUCAAGAUAUUGUUUGGGUUUGGCAAGGUGAAUUACAAGAACAAUCUCAACAGUACGAGCAGCAGUAGCAUCAGCAUCAGCAACAAGCAAAGUCGGAAGAGCCUUAAUUUUUUAUUUUUUUUUGCAUUUCAUACCAUGCCAAUUUUUCAAAAAUAAUGUUGUUUCUGCUUAUCUUUCAUGUGUUUAAGGAUGCCAUGACCUUAUUGUAACAUAAUGUAUCUAAUUUGGCUUGUAAAUGUUGAUUUUCGUGUAUUAUGUAUAGUUUGAUGGAUAACAACCAGUCCUAGUGUCUUCUCAUGUGUUAAAGACAUCGAGGCUGCAUCGGCCGCAUUGGCCCAUAUUUUGCCACAAUAUUAAGGUUAACAGAAUAACCACAUCUACAGCCACAAUUUAAAACUACGUUCAUGUAGUUAGUACCAAAAUAUUUUUCCAGACAGUGAUUAUAAUAUGUAACAGAUUAACUAGACAUUAGUUUUAAGUUCUCUAUCAAUCAUUAUCUUAAUUUGACUUAGAUUUAGAGAUUGGAAUCUAAUUUUGUACCACUAAUCUAUACCAAUAUAACAUGCUGCCAAACCAUGUACACAACUUUAGAUGAAAACAAUAA